GUUAUCUCACCACACCGGUAGUAAUCUGGGCCGCGUUAUCGCCACAAAAGAACCAAAGUCUGGGACAAGUAAGUUGUACAACUGACUAGGCAUCCCCCUUUCCCUUCCUCCCCACUUCUCUCCUCUAGAUGGGUCUGGUACAGUGGUUGAAGGGCCAGUUCUUGUGUCAUCUGGUCAUCUGCUAUGGGUUCUUUGUCAGUGGUCUCCUGAUCAACCUAUUACAGAUCUGCACUCUGCCCCUCUGGCCAAUCAACAAGCAGCUGGCCAGGAGGAUCAACUGUAAACUGGGAUACUCCCUCACCAGCCAAUCUGUGGCUCUCUUAGAGUGGUGGUCUGGCACUGAAGUCACACUCUACACAGACCCAGAGAACUACCAACUCUACGGUAAAGAGAAUGCCAUCGUCGUCCUCAACCACAACUUUGAAAUAGACUUUCUGUGUGGCUGGACCUUCUGUGAACGAUUCGGGGUCCUUGGGGCCUCCAAAUGUUUAGCCAAGAAAGAGUUGUCGUACCUGCCUGUGAUUGGCUGGAUGUGGUACUUCCUGGAGAUGGUGUUUAUUAAGAGGAAGUGGGAGGAAGAUAAGAGCAACUUUGUCCAGAGUCUUCAGAACCUACGGGAUUACCCUGAGAACUUCUGGUUCCUGCUCCACUGUGAGGGAACACGCUUCACAGAGGAGAAGCAUCAGGUCAGUAUGGAGGUGGCAGAGAAGAAAGGCCUGCCCAAACUCAAACACCACCUCCUGCCCAGGACCAAGGGUUUCUGGGUAGCCGUCCAGAACCUCAGGGGGACAGUUGCUGCUGUGUACUGUUGUACAUUAAAUUUCAGAAACAACGAAACUCCAACCUUGUGGGGGGUUCUCAAUGGGGAAAAGUAUCAUCCAGAUUUAUAUGUAAGGAGAAUCCCACUGGAGUCCAUACCAGAGGAUGAGGCUGAGUGUUCUGCCUGGCUUCAUAAACUCUACCAGGAGAAGGACAAGUUCCAGGAGGACUACAGCCAGACAGGGUGUUUCCCAGGCCCCAAAGUUACCCCACCAUGCAGGCCCUGGGCCCUGAUCAACUGGCUGGGCUGGACCUGCCUUCUCCUAUAUCCCCUCUGCCUCCUCCUGGUCCAGCUGGUCAACUCUGGGUCUAUUCUCACCAUCAUGGCCACAGUGGCUUUCUGUGCUGCAGUGUCAUUUGGUGUGCGCUGGAUGAUUGGACAGACGGAGAUUAAGAGAAGCUCCAGCUAUGGGGUCCCACUGAACAACAAAUGAGGGGAUGACCUUUUCAAUUUACAAUUGCAAGAUUUCUUGCCAGCACCAGAGUGUCACUCACAUUACUAAUCUGAGAACUACAGCACAGUUCACCUCAAACAGUUGAGAAUUCAUCCCAAGAAAUACUUGGUAACUCGUCAGGGAAAGCAUUGAAGUCAAUUCAAGCAGGAUGGUUGACUGGUGCUGAAGUCUUUUGAGGGCACACCUGUCUGCUAAUGGCAGUCUCAUGUGGCCGUCUUUAUCUUGUCGAUACAUGGGAAUGUACUGAACCUAUACAAAGCACAGAUACGUUCAGGGCAUGCAUCCAAGAUGUUCAAGAUGUAUGACUAAAAUUGGCACUGUUGUGACUUUGUUAAAUGCACUUUUAUUAGUUGUGAUUUGAUAUGGACUCAAUUGACAAUGUUUAUUUGCAAUAAAAUAAAGACCAAAGAAUGAAAGCUGUAAAACGCACCAGAGACCACUUUA